AAUCAAAUCUAUAAAAUGCAAAUUGCAAUUGCACUUGCAACUUGCACCCCCACUCCGUUAAGUUAUGUGAUGGCCCGAAUCCUAACUCAAACCCUACUACAACAACUCUUCAUUCGCAAUUCCAAACAAUCUCCAGCUCUGAUUCUCAAAUCCUCAAUAAACACACAUACACAUAGUAGGUUGUUUUUCUCUAGCAGCAGCAGCAGCAUCGAGAUCGACCACCUAGGCGGUGCUGCUUCAUCAUCCGACGGUGAAUUCGAGGCCUUGGCUCUGAAGAGGCUUGACGACUUGAUCCACGGUAUCAUUGUCCAGAAGUCUACUCCCGAUUGGCUCCCCUUCGUCCCUGGUUCCUCUUUCUGGGUCCCACCCAGACCCAACUUCCUUGAUUUGGUUACCAACCUCUCCCAUCAUCAUCAUCAUCCUCCUCCUCACUCUCUCUCCUUCUCCACUUCCCGUGGUUGGCCUUGCUCCUCCACUUUCUUCCUCCUCAAUCAUCAUGAGGAAGGAUCCGCUCAACCAAAUGAGGAUUUGGAGAGCAAGGAGUCAGCAGAGACAGAGAUGGAGGUAGACAUAGAUGUGAAGGCUUCAGAUGACACAUCGCGAUCUGAGAAUGAGGAAGAUUGAGCAGCUCAUCACUUGACAUAUUGGUGACUGUGGCUUGCUAACCAUUGUAGAUUCAGAAAAAGGAGCAGCUUGGCUGAUAAAAGUUUUUCAGCGAAUGGAAUAUUGUACAGAUGCAAUUAUGGUAGUUUUGGGGUCAGGACUUGCUUUUUGGCUCCAAUUGUCAACCCACCCUUUUACUUAUGUUUUUACUUUUCUGCUGUUUGUGGCUGUGUUGAUGAAAUUAGUGUAUCUUGAACAUUCAAAUAGAAUCUUCUGAUCAGAAUUCUUAACAA